AUGGGUCUGCGCAAACAGCCCCCACCCCGUCUGCAGAACAUUAGAAAGUCGAAUGCUCGAUCGGACGCACGUUCACCGGAAUCACCUACCUCGGCAAACACCCACCGUUCAACUCGCCUCGACCGGUUCCCAUCUGACGACUCUAUCUAUUCUCCCGACCUCAACACUUCACCUGCAUUCGACCUGAUGCCUCUUGAGGAGGCACAACGGUCACCAGUGGGAUCGCCCACCUGUCACCCGCCGAACCUAUGGCCUGACAGCCCUGGAAAGUCAGGUCACGAUCACUACAGUCAGCUUAGUCAAUAUCACGGGGCAUACCAUCCGAAAGUUGAGAACAACAAUGCGCACUGCAUGCCGCAGUCAUUGAUGGCAGGUCAAUAUUCUGGAGAAGCCGAGAACGUGUGGCGGCCAGCUUCCGGUGCUGGUGAUGCAUCCACUGGGGAACUGCCGGUACAGUUACAGUCGAAUAACCCAUUCUUGAAGCCCAGGCCGACAGACCAUACUCAGGGAGUACUCGAUCGUAACGAAUGGGGGCGCGACUCACAUGCGACGUUGGACAGUGAUCCAUUGAGCCAAACCGAGGGGUAUAUUCCAAUGACCGCACGGUUAUCUCUUUUAGACCAAUCGGAGGAAAACUCACCUUGGGACGAGCCUUCUCGUCCUGCUCCUCAAUCUGAGCAACGCCCCGGCCACCACCUUGAGGAUAACUCGCCGUGGGAGUCUCAGCAGUCUAUCAAGGUCUCAGCUCCCCAAGAUAUCUGCUCACAGGAACCACAGUUAAAUCCAGACGUACCGGGGGUUACUUUCCAGCUAUCUGACCGAGCUAGUGGGGAGCACUACGUCCACUCACAACAUCCGUAUUCAUCAAAUACAGGUAGACUCGAACCAGGUACCGGAAUCAAUACCCCAUCCGUUACUCUCUCUACUGCAACAUCCGCCACAUCCCAUGAGCUGAUAGACCUGGGCGUGCCCGGAACUUCCGGCAAGUUGGGGGUUGAUACCGGAUCCCAUGCUGCGUCUUCAGUGUACUCCGAACCAGCCGCGAAUGGUGCACCGCCAGUGCCAGAUAGGACAAAGUUUGCGUCUUCCGAGUUAGGGCCGUUGGAUACAGCAGAAAAUCAACGGCCAAAGCCCCAGCCAAGCCCUGUUUUAUCUGCUGCCGAAGCUGCACGGCAAAAGGAACAAAGAUCAGAAACGUAUACUAUUCGGCACGUCCGAUGGACCGAUCAGAGCGGUCGGCUGUUGGAGUCUCCGGUUCUGGUACAGAAUCAGAAUGGACCCUGCCCGCUGCUGGCUCUCAUCAAUGCAUUGGUGCUGCGAGCGAACCCCGAGGCCCAGCCACCGAUUGUCCGAGCUCUGUCAACCCGCGAACAAAUUUCUCUGGGACUGUUGAUCGAAGCUAUGUUCGAGGAACUGACAACCUGUCUGGGCCCUGAUCAGGAGUUUCCCGACAUCGAGGCUCUCACUCAAUUCCUCACUAUGCUGCACACUGGCAUGAAUGUCAACCCGCGUUUAACAAUGGAUUCCACCGAAGGGGUUGGCACCUUCCUUGAGACAAAUGAUCUGCGGCUGUACAGCACGUUCGGCAUACCCUUGAUCCAUGCCUGGCUAGCCUCGUGGUCUAGUCCCACGCACGCAGCAAUGUCACGAAUCGCCCAAUAUUAUGACGAUAUACAAAUGCUGCCGUUUCGUAAACAAGAGUUUGAAGACCGGAUCACUCGAGGCGAGGCUCUUACGCCCGAAGAAGAGAGUACCAUGGAGGAUAUCCAAACUAUCCAACAAUUUGUGGAGAUUGAGAAUGCGACUCAAUUGAGCCCAUUUGGCCUGACACAGUUAUCCAGUAAACUUGCGCCCGGCUCUGUGUCAAUCCUCUUCCGCAACGAUCAUUUUUCGACUCUAUACAAACAUCCACAAUCCCACCAACUUUACACCUUGGUUACCGACGCUGGUUAUGCGGGACAUGCUGAAGUUGUGUGGGAAUCUCUGGUCGAUGUGACAGGGUUCAACACGGAAUAUUACUCGGGUGAUUUCCGUCCCGUGGGCGCUGGACCGUCGGAAAAUUCUGGUCCCGCGGGGCCUCGAACCUCCAGUGCACCAGCCGCUCAACCUGUCAAUGAAGCCCCAGGGACACCUGAACCUAGUCAAGAACAGAGCGAUGCAGACUAUGCAUACGCGCUCUCGCUCCAAUUCCAAGAGGAGGAACAACGUGCAAGUGCUAGAGAGGGGCAGGAGCGUGGUCCUCGCGUACCCGCUCGAACUUCGAGCGCGGCUAAUGUGAUGGGUUCUCAAUCUGAACCUCGGCCACAUCAUGCAUCUGACCACGAUGACCCAAACGCACCUCCUCCGCCGUACGAACAAGCUGCCGGUGGGCCGCGAUAUUCACCCCCUGACCGACGAUCAUACGGAGGCCAGGGGAAUCAGUAUCCUGGAAACCGCAACCCCCAUGGACCAUAUUCCCACCGACCACGUCCUUCUCUACCCACGGGGGCUGAUCGAAUGACCAGAGACCGUAGCAAGGAUUGCAUAGUGAUGUGA